AUGGUCCUCGCCAACUCCUGUCAAGCCAACUCCUGUCAAGCCAACACCUGUCAAGCCAACUCCUGUCAAGCCAACUCCUGUCAAGCCAACUCCUGUCAAGCCAACUCCUGUCAAGCCAACUCCUGUCAAGCCAACUCCUGUCAAGCCAACUCCUGUCAAGCCAACUCCUGUCAAGCCAACACCUGUCAAGCCAACUCCUGUCAAGCCAACUCCUGUCAAGCCAACUCCUGUCAAGCCAACUCCUGUCAAGCCAACUCCUGUCAAGCCAACUCCUGUCAAGCCAACUCCUGUCAAGCCAACUCCUGUCAAGCCAACUCCUGUCAAGCCAACUCCUGUCAAGCCAACUCCUCUUUUUGUUAA